AUGGCGACCGAACACGUGGAACACGCCGAAAACGCCAAGCAGUCGCCCCAACCGUCCUUCUCGGGCUCCGAGAGCGGCCGAAUUGGCCGGUACCAAAUCAUCAAGACUCUGGGAGAGGGCUCCUUUGGCAAGGUCAAGCUCGCCUACCAUCUGGCCACCCACGAAAAAGUAGCGCUCAAAAUCAUCAACAGAAAGACGCUGGCCAAGUCGGAUAUGCAGGGCCGAGUCGAGCGGGAAAUCUCGUACCUGCGACUGCUCAGACACCCCCACAUCAUCAAGCUGUACGACGUGAUCAAGUCCAAGGAUGAAAUCAUCAUGGUGAUUGAAUUUGCCGGCAAGGAGCUCUUUGACUACAUUGUGCAACGUGGAAAGAUGCCCGAAGACGAGGCUAGGCGAUUCUUCCAACAAAUCAUCUCCGCAGUCGAGUACUGCCAUAGACACAAGAUUGUGCACAGAGACCUCAAGCCCGAGAACCUGUUGCUCGACGAAAACCUCAACGUCAAGAUUGCCGACUUUGGACUCUCCAACAUUAUGACCGAUGGUAACUUCCUCAAGACCAGUUGUGGCUCUCCCAACUAUGCUGCUCCCGAGGUUAUCAGUGGCAAGCUGUAUGCUGGCCCCGAGGUCGACGUGUGGUCCUGUGGUGUCAUUCUAUACGUCAUGCUGUGCGGCCGUCUCCCCUUUGACGACGAAUUCAUCCCCAACCUCUUCAAGAAGAUCUCCAAUGGUGUCUACACCAUUCCCCCCUAUCUGUCUGCCGGCGCAAAACACCUGCUUCAACAGAUGCUGGUGGUCAACCCCCUGAACCGAAUCACCGUCCAGGGCAUCAUGGAAGACCCCUGGUUUAAACAGGGCAUUGCCGAGUACCUUGUUCCACGUGACCUGAAGCCUGAUCAGGUGGAAAUCGACGACAAGGUUGUGGGUGCUCUUUCAGACACCAUGGGCUACGACCGAGACCAGGUCUACGAGGCUCUCAAGGCUCCUAAAUCCGACGGAACCGAAAUCCGAGAUGCCUACGACCUCAUGAAGGAGAACAGACAGCAGUUGGAGAAGGACUCGACCGUGUUCGACAAGGUGGACGAAUCCGGCAAGCCUAAGCACCAGUUCUCGCGAAAGAACCCGCCGGCUCUGACGUUUGACUCACAUCACAUGCCCACCAUUGUCGACCAUUCUGAUCUUCGAACCCCUAACACAACCAUUGCUGUUCUUCCCUCCUCGCUGCCAGCAUACCAUCGGGCCAACAUGAUGGCCCAUGGUCCCGCUACCCUGCGUAAGCUGAAUCCCAUCUCAUCGCGAAAAUCAAAGACCCGAUGGCAUUUCGGCAUUCGGUCCAAGUCGUACCCUCUCGACGUGAUGGGUGAGCUCUACCGAGCUCUCAAGAACCUGGGAGCCGAGUGGGCAAAGCCAUCAGAGAACGACCUGUGGACCAUCAGGGUGCGAUGGAGAUACACCCCUGAAAAGGAUGAGUCGGACAGCACAACUAAGCCAGACAGCGGACUGCUUAAGAUGCAGAUUCAACUGUAUCUGCUGGAGCAGAACUCGUACUUGGUGGACUUCAAGUUUGACGGCUGGGAGUGCGAGACGGAGAGCGGUGAGAUUAAGACCCGCGAUGUCGCCCAGGUGUCGAAUUCAAAGUCCGCCAACGAGACCUUCACGUUUUCCGCAUACCCCUUCUUGCAUCUGGCCACCCGGCUCAUUAUGGAGCUGGCCGUGAGUUCUCAGAAGGAGAGUGAGAAGUAA